GUCAAAGGCGACGGGAUUAAGUCUUGUUUUGGACCACCCCUCCAGAGAUUACGGAAUGGACGAUCCCUGUACGAAAAGGCAAUCAGACUCCAGAUUGAAUAUCAAAUAGCCAGGCCGUUCCCCUGAUGAUUGAAAUAUAGUCCCCACCACACAGAAGGAACCCCCACUGCACAACUUCUGCUAUUGUACAACUGAGAAUCACCAUCUUUUUCUGCAGUGGAACGAAGAAGAACGCUGGGUCCGAACUGUGCGAUACUAGAUUCGAGUAUAUAUUUAAAGUAUCCAUCGCGACCUUAGUGAAACAUGUCUUGCCCGACCACCCAGUACUCAAACGACGCUUUGGUCGCACUGAAAGCCAUCGGCAACUGCAGCGCCGACUCCGUCCCCCUCCCUCUGCUACCCCCCUCCACAUCCACGGGGAUGUUAUCCAGUGUAGGGGGUAUGGAGAACACCUACGUACCCCCUACCCUAGUCUCCUUCUCCGCCGAGGGGGUCCGCACGUGCCUCUCCCCUACAGCCUUCUCACCUGUGUCGUCCAUCGUGAACCUCAGCAACGCAGGAUACCCUUCCUUCGCGCCUACCCCGACCCCCUUACCACCGAUCUCCCUCGGUCUGGAUCUGGUCCUGAAGAAGCCUCUCAACCACAGCACUACCUACGGGGUCGACUCCACGGCGUCCUUCUUCUCCGCUCCCGUCAUCACAUCCGAGCCGGACCGCCACGACGCCGGUUCCCACCUGUACCCCGGCUCGGACGUGUCCCCCCUGUCCCUCUCCCUGGUGCACAAGCCCCCUCCGGACGGAGACGGGAACCCCCUCUCCAUGGGACACCCCCUCUCCCUGACCUGUAAACCCCCCGCCGCCCAGGCCGAGCCUAACACCCCGGAGCUCCGCGAGCUGGAGGAGUUCGCCAACGACUUCAAACUGCGCAGGAUUAAGCUGGGUUACACGCAGACGAACGUGGGGUCUGCGCUGGCGUCGGUGCACGGUACCGACUUCUCCCAGACAACCAUCUGCCGCUUCGAGAACCUACAACUCAGCUACAAGAACGCCUGUAAGUUGAAGCCGAUCCUACAGAAGUGGAUAGAAGAGGCGGAGAACAGCGGCGGGCCGGGCGGCGACAAGCUCCCUGGGAACGAGAGAAAGCGCAAGCGCAGAACGACGAUCGGGCUGUCAGCCAAGGAGGCGCUGGAACGGCACUUCCUUAAGCAGAACAAACCCUCCUCUCAGGACAUCGUGCGGGUGGCGGAGUCUCUGCGGCUGGACAAGGAGGUGGUCCGGGUCUGGUUCUGCAACCGGCGGCAGCGGGAAAAGCGCGUCAAGACAUCCCUGCACAGCAGCUCCCUCUAUCUGCAUGGGGAAGAACUGAAGGACUAGUGCAAUCAUACAUGGCAGGGUAGAGACUAUGUUUCAAGCAGAGGUUCGGCUUUGACGGUUUUGACAUGUUUUAAGACCUUUCUACUUUGUACCGUUUCUUUAUGAUUUUUCCCGUGGAUAUGAAGAAAACGGUCCAAAAACGGCCCUAAAAACGGCCUAAAACACGUAAAAAAAACAGCCGAAGGCGCAAUCUCUGGCCUGGUAUAUACAAUGUACUUUUAAAACGUUAUAAGCAUUUAUGCAACAAGCCUUAUUGUGGAACGAUAGAGCGAAGUGAUUUCAUCAUCAAAGUGCCUUGUACGAUGUAGUAACUUAUUGUAAAGACUCAAGAAGAAAUAUUUCUGUCUAGACUUUUACGGAGUGCCUCUUGAAAUUCUGUACUGAUCCUCAUAAUUAUUGUUUAUUGUUCGCUGAAUUUCUCUAUUUAUUGUCAAUGAUUCAUUAUUAAAUUUCAUCUGAAUGCAGUC